AGUGCAGCUGUUGCUGAAGGAGGUAUGAAUUGUAAUUCUAAUGUCCAACAACAGGCUUGAAAACCUUAAAUAGUUAAUCCACAAUCCAGAAAUUGAAUUCUUAAUUUCUUAGAAUAUAUUCUGUUAUGUUUAAAGAAUGUGCAGUAAAACCUGCUCAAUACCCUUUAUCAAGUAGCCAUCUUCUUGAUUAAGCUGUCAUCUUCAUUAUCAACAUUUUUUUGUGGAACAGAUAUAUUUUUCCAUUUAACACAUGUAAAUAUUUCAUUCUAAGAAUCUUAGCCUUUUGUCAUAUCAGUGUCUUUUAUCCCUUCGACCUGGGGCUCAGCUCGGCACCGUUAGUAAUCGGGGUUCCAAGAUCGUUACUCAUCCAGAAAUCCAUGUUGCCUUCAAUUACUUAACUUUUGUGACUUCAUGGAGUGUAGUAAGUAAUUCGGCUAGCUACGCCAGCCGUUAUGAAUUACAUCUUCAAGUCUAGUUUGUUUGAUUUUAGAUGAAGGGAGAAUAAGAGAGUUACAAGAAUGUGACAAAUCAAGGGUGUGUUUUGAUAUUAGCCAAGAGGAAACAAAUUAAUAAAUGCCUCGUUUAAAUUGUUUUCUGUCAUUAAUGUCAAUUAAAAACUUUACUGAGAACAUACUUUAUUUCCUAGUAAUUAUCCCAAUUAAUUUACAUUUCCAGUGAACUCAAAACCUUGAUUAAGCAGUCACCUCAAUUAACAGCCAUGUUGUUUUGCUGGAACCAUUAAUGGACAGACAUCUCGAAAUGUGAAAAGGAAACCUUUCGUUCUCAUGUUUUCAUAAUUUAACAGUCAUGCUACCUAUUUUUCACACAAUUUAGUAUUACAGGUUGUUUUCUAAAAUCUUUUGAAACUGUAAACUUGUGAAAAUGCCUGAUUCUCUAGGACGACAAUGGAUGUGGCAGACAUGUACAGAAUUUGGAUUCUACCAGACUUCUAGUGGAAAGCCCGAUCUCUUGGGAAAUUACUUUCCUCUAGAAUAUUUCGUGAAGCAGUGUGCAGAUGUCUUUGGACCCAGAUACAAUGGUACUUUACUACAACAUGCUAUUGAUCAGACCAACAUUGAAUAUGGUGGUUUAGCUGUGGAUACAUCUAGAGUUGUGUUUGUUCAUGGAUCUGUGGAUCCAUGGCAUGCUUUAGGAAUUACACAUACUCUUUUGCCCAAAUGUCCUGCUAUAUAUAUUAAAGGCACAGCUCAUUGUGCAAAUAUGUAUCCAGCUGCACCGUCUGACCUUCCCCAAUUAAAAGCUGCUCGAAAGAUGAUUGAUUCACUUUUGACUCAGUGGUUGUCGUAAUAUUUGUCCUUCCUGGUACAGAAUUCGGUUCAUUAAUGCAAAUCGAACAUUUUACAGAGAAAUUUGAUUUGGACAGAAGUCCUGCUGAAAAUCUUUAGUGUUCCUAGAGAUGUACAAAAACCAAAACCUAUAUCUAGUAUAUCCAGUAUUGAAAAUUGGCUUCUUUCAAAAUAAAGUUGACAAUUCAUUUUGUAUUCGUACGAGUAUUAGAUUGCAAUAAAUGGUGUUAACCUGAUUGAAUCUGCUGAACAAGAGAUUAGCACACAGAACAGGCCAGGAGCAAAUAAGGUUCAAAUUAUAGCUUUAAAGCUGAAAAUGCAAAAUAUUUUUCCCACAAUGUCAAGAUGAAUGUUGACUAGUCUUCCAGGAGCUCUCUCAAUUCUUUCAUAUUGUGUAUGGUUCACACCACUUAUUCUUUAUUCUUAGGGCACAGAACUUUUAGUGCAUAUAAUCACAGUGAUUGUGCCUGUGGAAGGGUGAGUUGUGGGAAAGAAGUAAGCUCUCUCUUUGGUUGGAAAUGGUUCAUUUGGAAUGUGCAAAUAUUUUAAGUUGACCUGGGCUGUUGUGAAGAAACUUGACUGAACUUAAAGAAAUUCGUCACAGAUUAUCACAGAUUUCUAUUGCAAUAAAAAAUUCUGGUAAUGGAUGAAAAAUUCAAUGUUAUCUCUGUUCUAUGGUCUUACAUAUGUAUAGAACUUUACUGCUACAUUAGUGUAUGUAAAUUUUGAAGGAAAAAAUAGUCUAAAAGUAAAAGGCAACAAGUUAUUAGAAAACCACCCUAAUCUUUUUUGGGACAGCAUUUCUAUUUAUUUGGUCUAACAUGCAAGAGUAACUUCAGAACUGAAGGAAGGACUAAUUUUUUUGUGUAGUUUUUUUGUGUCCAUAAAGUAAGUGAAAGAGCAUACUUUUUAGUGCAUAAAUUAAGACCAUCAGUGCUGUAGUGACCAUCUCGAAAGUAUAUUAAAAGAAAAUGGCUGAUACUUACUUUAUCAUUUAAGAAUAUUCAUUUCUGUGUUUGUUUUUGGCAUAAAUGUUUGGUUUUGUAAGAAAGAAUGUUACUCUGGUGUGGCACAGUACAGUCCAUAAGAUUUGGACAUUACAAUUUAAUAAUUUAUUUUUUUGGUGUGUUCAGCCCCUGAGAAAGUUUAUGGGGCACUUGAAAAAUUAUAGUAGGGCCAUUAUUGUAUUAAACAUUUUAUUUAGAAUGAUGCAGUCAUAGGGUCAUAUUCCUAAAAAUAAUUAUUAACUGACAAUUUCUUGAGACUUUAAAACUAAGAAAUUUAAUUGUCAAUGCCUACACUGAUCCUACAGUGUGUUUGUUCUACAUAUGUACAAUUGACUUCCAUUUGCAAGUCGCAUUGUUGUAUGGCUGUUAUUUAAUAAAUAAUUAAUAUUUUUAAUCAACAUGAAGGUUAAGGCAUCUCCAAAAUGGCAGUGAAGGAGUCAAUGAGUGUAUAAGUGCAGUUGUGGUUCAUGCUGUUAGGCCAGAAGUACUUAAAGUCCGCUGUUGCACUAACUGGAAGAGAAAUGUGCUUGGGUGAACACUAAAACAUUCGUUUUGUAAUUACUUGCUAGGUAAUGUAAAGAUACAGAAACUGCGAGAUAAAAAUGUUUGGAGAAUGAUAUGAUUAAAAGAUUACUCUCAAUUUACAAAACAUGUGGAUAAGGACACAAUCUUGUGUUGAUAGACUCAAUCGGCUCAAUUUUUUCAGGUAUUGUAGAUAUUUCUGGAGUUUAGGUAUGAGAAGUUCAGAAAUUACUUUCUAGAUAUAAAGCAACUGAAAUAUUGUGAUAUACAAUUUUUGAUUAGUGGCUGAAUUGGUGAAUGAAGAAUGCCAGGGUUUCAUAUAUAUUGAAAGUAAUAAAACUUGAGAAAAUUUUAUGUUGUGAGCAAGAUUUGGUAAAUGCAAGUCCAUAUUAUCGGUAACCAGUGGUGUACCUGAGAAAGGAAGGCUUGUGGGGCUUCAGUCUCCUCCUGCAGAAGCCAAUGAUGUAAAAAAAUUUCUAAACACUUUUUCUAAUUUUCUAUACUAAUGAGUCAUUCAAUAUGUCAGUUGUUAAUGUUAUACAUAUUAACUAAGUCAACAAAUAAAAAUAUAUUUUAUAUUGAGCAUAAAUGAAAACUUGUGUACAAGAAAACAUGUUGAUGCUGUAUCUCUUGACUCCCCCUCCAACUCCCUGAGAAAAAUCAUGGGUGGACCUCUGUUCUUGAUGUUUUUUUAAAAUUAUUUUUGUAUUGUAAUUUACACAUUUGUGUCAAUUGGUUAUUUUCACUAGAUUGUUUUUCAAUUUAGGAUAAAAUGUUUGUAUGUCAAACAUUGUUAUGUGGCUUUUAAUUGUUAAAUAAAUGUUCGUAUAUUUGAUUAUUAUUAAAA